ACAGAUCGACUCUCGGGCACGGGCAGAGCAGGCAUGUCCAGGAGCUGAGCGCGUCGCUGAGGUUGGACGGAGAACUGUCGCCUUUUGUGAAGCUGGCCCUGGACAGGGCGCAGGAACGCCAGGAAGAGCACGCCGACGUGCCUCGCUUUCGGGAUGCGGCCCGUCCCGCCCCCGACCAUCCCGUGCACCGCCUCGCCGAUCUCGAACGAGGCAUGUUCGGGCACCUCAACGUGGACGUGGCCGGCCCCGCGAUGCCAUCCGCGACGUCCAGGAAGCGCCGGCGACAGAGACAGGCCGUCGACGGACAGAAGGCGCGGGAUGCGGCAGCCGGCUCCUCGGCCGGGGGUGGAGCACAGAGAGGAAGGGCGGACGGCGCGUCGCUGUGGGACGUCCGUGCCCCUGUCCCUGCGCCGCACAAGGUGCCGCCCGCCCCGAGCAGGCGCGGCGCCCCCGCUAUAGAGCGCCGCCCGCACGGCCCCGCACGCCCCCAGCAGUACACCGUUGUGGACGGGAAAAUCGUGAAGCUGGGAGGCGGUGCUGAUGCCGCGCGCCCCAGGACGCACGAGCCGUUAGACACCAAGCGCACCAAGGGGGAGGUAUUCGUCCCCACCGGGGAAGGCAUCCUGUCCGUCCAGGACUUGGAGAAGAACCGACUGUCCGUGGAGGAAAUCCGGCAGCUGCCGAGGUUCGCCUCGUACGAGGAAGGAUCUCCGUCUGCCGUGCUGUACGUGAAGAACCUGGACGGCGCCGUGACGGAGGACGACCUGGCCGCGGUGUUCGGGUGCUUCCGCGCGGAUGGCGGUCCCAGCCCCACCCUGCGCCUGUGUGGCGGCCGCAUGCGGGGGCAGGCCUUCGUCACUUUCACAACUGAAGCAGAGGCUGCGGCCGCACUACGGGCCACCAACGGGUACGUCCUCAGGGGGAAGCCCAUCAUCGUACAGUACGGCCGAAAGCAGGGGCCCUGACCAGAAUAUGCACGAGUUCAUGGCACGUAUGUAUUUUUAAUCAAAUAAAAAGACUGGUAGUUUAUAACAAAAGAAAA